ACGCCACAAGAGGUCAAAGUUGAACAGCUCGCCUCUCAAAAUGGCGGCUGAACCAGCACGGGAGUGGAGCGAAGAGCAGCUAAAAAGUGACGAUUUGCCCAAAAAAGAUAUUAUAAAGUUCAUUCAGGACAAUGCAGCCCACUCGUUCCUCAAUGAGCACAAGCUGCUGGGAAACAUUAAAAAUGUCGCCAAAACAGCAAAGAAAGAACAACUCAUCACUGCCUACACGCAGCUCUUUGAGAGCAAAAGGUUUAAAGGCACAGACCCAGUAGAAGAAGUGACUGAGGAGGUUAAAGCUGUUAAAAUUGAAGAAAAAACCAAAGAAGUCAAGACAGAGAUUGUGGAUGAGGGUCCACCCAAGUUCACCAAGUCAGUGCUGAAGAAAGGUGACAAGGCAAACUUCCCAAAGAAGGGCGACACUGUGAGCUGCUGGUACACCGGCACCUUGGAGGAUGGAACUGUGUUUGACACCAAUAUUCCCACAGCAGCCAGAAAGAAGAAGCAGGCGAAACCACUGAGCUUCAAGGUUGGCAUGGGCAGAGUCAUUAGAGGAUGGGAUGAGGCCCUUCUAACAAUGAGCAAGGGUGAAACAGCCCGAGUGGAGAUCGAAUCAGAGUGGGCCUAUGGAAAGAAGGGUCUACCUGAGUCCAAAAUUCCACCAAAUGCAAAGUUGAUUUUUGAGAUUGAGCUUGUGUCUGUGGAUUAAUGGACUAAUGUAGGUCAGCAUGCAUUAUACAUUUCAAGGGUGGACAGCACAUAUUUGAAGGCCUUGCUGUAAAGAUUAAUGUUAAAAUGGCAUUUUAUUCUGUGCCAAAUUCCCAGGUUCUCCGCACUCUCAUUUUUCAAAAUGUAAUGUACAACAGGCUGGACUAA